AUGUCAAUAGUAGAGAUUACAAAACACGAUGAAGUAAUUUAUACUAUUUUGGACAAACCCCCUCCUGACCCACCUAAAACACCACGGUAUGAGUCAAAGCUGGAGAAGCAAUUGAAAGAAACAAAACUUCCACAAAUGCGACGCCUUUUCGGUUAUGCAGAAACUCCACUUCACCCACCAGAUCAAUUUAUGAAAAAAGGGGAAGGAAUUGGUCAACCUAUAAAAAAAUCCGACCACAAAUGUUUUGUAUCUGGAAAUCUCCCUCCAGUUCCUAAACGGCCGCCUCCCGGAAAAAAGCCGCAAAAGCCUAAAAUAAACUUCAAAGUAUUGAAUAUAAAAAAGGCAAUAAAAACCAAACCCAAACCAGUGGAGCCAAGACUAGUGGAUACAAGAGACGGCCAUAUUAAAAAAAUUAAAGGUUCCGGUGAAGUACCGGAAUACUGUUUGCGGCCAGAUUUUGGCAAGAUGCCUGAAUAUUUGGUUAAAAUGAACAGGAAACGCCAGAGAGAAUAUGAGAAAAUUUUAUAUGCUGAGGAACACAAAGAAAGUGUUUGCAAACUGAUAAAUGAAGAAGAACGGCAGAACCUUCUAGACGACUUAAAAAAUAAUUGGAAAAAAAUGCAAAAGGCAUUUCUACAACUUCCGAUGCUGACGGAUACCACACCGAAAAUUCUUAAAAAGUCAAAGAUGGAACAAGAAUUACGUCAAUUAGAGAAAAGCAUUGCUUUAGUCGAGGCCAAUCCUUACAUUUACAUUUAUUAA